AUGAGUCAGCCACCUAUCGGGGGCGCUGCUGCUACAGCCUCGCCUCGCUUGCAUCCAGAGGGAAGCAGCCGAAGCAAGCAACAGCAGCGAGCAUCCUCUCCGGGCAGACCCAGGGAUUCUCCCGUCCGCCAGCCCUCCCCAGCUGCCAACUCUGCCCGCUCCACAGCGGCGGCUGCAGUUGCUGCCUCCAAAGCAACCUCCGCCCGCCAGCCGCCGCCGCCGCCGGGGCAGAAACCCAGCCGGGCUAAAGGGGGCGGAGGAGGAGUGGGAGGGGACAAGCCGCCCCCGCAGGCGCCGCCGCCGCCGCUAAGGAGCGCCGUGCCGCUGGGAGCUGUCCAGGCCGGGGGUGGUGCUGAAGCGCAAGUCGCCUCGCCCUUGGCGUUGGCGGGAGGGCUCCCGAGAAGAAACGCAGGGCCCUCCGCGGACAAGCGGGAGGCGCCGGCGAAAGACUCGGCGUCCGGAGCCGGCGACUCGCAGCAGCCUCCGACUGGAGGCGAGGGGGAAAGGGAAGGCGCGCCUCCUCAGCCGCCGCCGCCCAAGAGCUGGGGCCGGGGGAAAGCGGGGAGGCCUCUGCAAAAGGGCGGGGGGGAGGCGGCCCCGGCUCCUCCAUCUUCUUGUGGCGCAGGGAAGGGCCGGGCCCUGGCGGGGGGCGGCGGCGGCGGCGGCGGCUACUGGAAGGAAGGAUGCCUGCAAAGUGAGCUCAUCCAAUUCCACCUCAGGAAGGGGCUGGCGGCGGCCCAGAUGCAAAGCAAAGGCAGUAACCAGAACAACGGCGGCCCGUCGGCGGCCGAGCAGCCCCAGCGCGCCUCCCCCUCAUCCUCGAGCCUUUCUCCAAUGGCGCCGGUUGGGGCCGAAGAAGGCAAUGGCCGCAACGGAGCUCCGGAAGGCGCCUCGAGCCUGAAUCAUCGGCAACAGCAGGAGCUCCAAGAGGAGGUGGAGAAGCUGCGGGAGGAGAACGAGACCCUUAAGAAUGAAAUAGAUGAAAUGAGGACUGAGAUGGAUGAGAUGAGGGACAGCUUCUUUGAAGAGGAUGCCUGCCAGCUUCAGGAAAUGCGCCAUGAGUUGGAGAGGGCUAACAAAAAUUGCAGGAUCCUUCAAUAUCGUCUUCGUAAAGCAGAGCGAAAGAGGCUCCGCUAUGCACAAACUGGGGAGAUUGAUGGAGAACUUCUGCGUAGCUUGGAACAGGACUUGAAGGUUGCAAAGGAUGUUUCAGUAAGACUUCAUCAUGAGUUGGAAAAUGUGGAAGAAAAACGUACCACUACAGAAGAUGAAAAUGAUAAGUUAAGACAGCAGCUGAUAGAAGUGGAGAUUGCUAAGCAGGCUCUACAGAAUGAACUUGACAAGAUGAAAGAGCAGUCCAUGAAAAGAAGAGGAAGCAAAGACCUGCAGAAAUCAGAAAAAAAGUCACAGCAGACACCUACUGAAGAGGACAAUGAAGAUUUGAAAUGCCAGUUGCAGUUUGUCAAAGAGGAGGCUGCCCUCAUGAGGAAAAAAUUGGCUAAAAUAGACAAGGAAAAGGACAGGUUUGAACAUGACCUUCAAAAAUAUAGAUCAAUUUAUGGAGAUCUAGACAGUCCCUUACCCAAAGGGGAAGCUGGAGGUCCACCUACCACAAGAGAAUCAGAACUUAAGCUUCGUCUGAGGUUAGUAGAAGAAGAAGCCAAUAUUCUGGGAAGGAAAAUUGUAGAGCUGGAAGUAGAAAAUAGAGGGCUGAAAGCAGAGCUUGAUGACUUAAGAGGAGAUGAUUUCUCAGGGACAGCCAAUCCCCUCAUGGGGGAACAGAGUGAAUCUCUAUCGGAGUUACGACAGCAUCUGCAGCUAGUUGAGGAUGAAACGGAACUGCUAAGGAGAAACUUGGCUGAUGUGGAAGAACAAAAUAAGCGGAUCACAACAGAGCUAAACAAAUACAAAUACAAAUCUGGGGCUCAUGAUAGUUCGAGGCAUCACGAUAGUGCCAAAACAGAAGCUCUACAGGAAGAACUCAAAGCUGCCCGCAUGCAGAUCAAUGAACUCAGUGGUAAAGUCAUGCAACUUCAGUAUGAAAACAGAGUCCUGAUGUCCAACAUGCAGCGCUAUGAUCUAGCCUCUCACUUAGGGAUCCGGGGCAGUCCCAGAGACAGUGAUGCUGAAAGUGAUGCAGGGAAAAAAGAAAGCGAUGAUGACUCCCGUCCCCCCCAUCGCAAAAGAGAAGGGCCCAUUGGUGGAGAAAGUGACUCAGAGGAAGUCCGCAACAUUCGUUGCCUGACUCCUACUAGAUCAUUCUAUCCAACCCCAUCAGGGUGGCAGAAAAGUUUCACAGACCGUCAGCAAAUGAAGGACAUCCGCUGUGAAGCAGAGCGUCUUGGCAAGACAAUAGACCGCCUGAUUUCUGACACAAGCACUAUAAUUGCAGAGGCAAGAAUUUAUGUGGCAAACGGGGACCUGUUUGGACUCAUGGAUGAUGAAGAUGAUGGCAGUAGGAUACGGGAGCAUGAACUCCUUUAUCGGAUAAAUGCCCAGAUGAAGGCAUUUAGAAAAGAACUUCAGGCCUUCAUUGACAGACUAGAAGUUCCAAAGUCUUCGGAUGAUGGAAGUGCGGAUGAACCAUUGUCAGUGAGUCAGAUGUUCCAGCCUAUCAUUUUACUUAUUCUCAUCCUUGUAUUAUUUUCCUCCCUUUCUUACACAACAAUAUUUAAGCUUGUCUUCCUUUUCACACUGUUCUUCGUGUUGUAG